AUGGAAGAAACGAUCGCCGAGCUACGGCGUCAGCUUAGGGAGGUGAGACAGGCGCGAGAUGGGGAGAGACAGGCGCGAGAUGAGGCGCAACGACAUGUGCAGCCCAACACUCUUUUCGCUUUUCUCGAUCGCUGCCACAACUCUCUGUCUCAAGCGAUCCGAGUUGAGAGGGAUGCAACUCUCACAACUCAGGGCGACGCGACCAACCCAGUGAACCGACUUUACCCUAAGCGCAUAGUCCCUUGGCUUGACUUCCCUAACGUCCAGGAGCAAGUCUGGAGGAAACUCAACCGCUCGAGUGCCUUCACCUCGCACCCCCUCUUUCCUUCUAAUCACCAACUAGAUUUUUUCGUCAGGAUUCACCAGAACCAGCAAAUUGACUCGGAGGCGUCUCUUCGGAACUUUGAGCGAGACACAGUGGAUAACUUUGUCGAAAUAGCCAUUGAGGUAUUGCGAGAUAACGAAUGCCUUCGCCAUAAGCUUAAAAUACAGAGCCGAGUCACUUUCUAUGACCGUGCGGACCCAUCAGAAACUUUACUAGAGAGCAACUUAGAGCAAAUGGAUAUUCAGGAUUCGCGGAAACCUCAACGAUAUGUGAAUACCGGGUACGAUAGUGGUAAUAGAAAGGGGAGAGGAACGGCGCAGAGGCAAAAGGGGGCUGGCACUGCACAAAGGCACAACCGGCGCACUGACCAAUCCUACAUAUACCUUAUAGCCAACAAGCAUCUCAAACCAGUAUAUAUAGUGGAGUAUAAAGCACCGCACAAGGUAACAAUUCCCCAACUAGUGGCGGGUCUUCAUCACAUAGAUUUAGCUCGUGAUAUUAUAGACUAG